AUGCCACCUCCCCACACAGUCCGGUUCGCACGGUCAGCAGACGUCCCCACGAUCCUAUCCUUCAUCAUAAAAGCAGCAGCCGAACAGGCUCCCGACACCGUCGUCGAAGCAACCGAAGCGAGUCUCAGCUCGACGCUCCACCUCGACACCUCCUCCCAACCCUCAGCUACAACAACCACCAACCCAAACCCGACUCCCCAACCGCGCUUCGCCUGGCCGCUCCUGAUAAUCUCGCCCGACGGCACAACCGCAGGCCUGGCCGUCUACCUGUACAACUUCUCGACGUGGCGGGCGCGCCCGGGCGUCUGCCUCGAGGAGCUGUACGUGCUGCCCGAGUACCGGCGGCUGGGCUACGGCAGGCUGCUGGUCGAGGCCAUGGCGCGCGAGGCCCAUGCCGCCGGCUGCGCCAAGAUGGAGUGGGUGUGUCUGCGGGACAAUGUUAGGGCCUUGAGGUUCUACGAGGGCCUCGGCGCGGCGCGCAUGGACGACUGGGUCGUGCUCAAGGUUGGGCCCGAGGGGAUUCGUGGCCUUGCGGGGAGAGUUGGGGGCUUGAAUUGA